AUGCACUUCACCACUCUCUCCGCCAUCGCGGCUCUCACCGCCACUGCGUCGGCCCACACGCGCGUCUACAGCGUCUGGGUCAACGGCGAGGACCAGGGCGACGGACGGGAGUUGUACAUCCGGUCCCCGCCGACCAACAGCCCCGUCAAGGACCUCACGAGCCCAGACAUCGCCUGCAACGUGGCGGGCGCGACGCCGGCCAGCGGGUUCGUGAGCGCCGCCGCCGGCGACACCAUCUCGGUCGAGUGGUACCACGACACGCGCGGCGACGACAUCAUCGCCUCGUCCCACAAGGGGCCCAUCAUCACCUACAUCGCCCCCUACACCGAGGACGACGGCUUCGAUGCCAUCUGGUCCAAGAUCGACGAGGAGGGCUACAGCAGCGGCACCUGGGCCGUCGACAACCUCAUCGCCAAUGCCGGCAAGAAGGACUUCACCAUGCCCGCCGACCUCGCCGCCGGCAAGUACCUGGUCCGACAGGAGGUUAUCGGGCUUCACGAGGCCGAUGUCGCAUACGACACGAACUCGGCCCGUGGUGCUCAGUUUUACCCGUCCUGCAUGCAGUUUGACGUGACUGGUACUGGCUCCGCCGCCCCCGACGAAGACUUCAACUUUGACGGCGGAUACAACUACACGGACCCCGGUAUCGUGUUCAACCUCUACGGCAGCUUCACCACCUACGAUAUCCCCGGCCCCGAGCUCUGGACUGGCAGCGGAAGCGGUUCGGGCUCCGCCUCCAGCACCACGGCAGCGGCAGCCACCUCCGCAGCCACCUCCGCAGCCACCUCCGCAGCCACCUCAACGGCGGCGGCCACCACGGCGGUCGUCUCAUCGACCACCUCGGCAGCUUCCUCGUCCGCGACUUCCAAGGCCACCACCGCGGUCCCGACCACUCUCAUCACCUCCAGCAAGGCACCCGUCACCUCUGCGACCGCCACCUCCGCCGCUGCCCAGCCCACCGCCACCGGUUCCGCUUCCGGUGCCAAGCUCUACGGCCAGUGUGGCGGUAAGAUAUGGACCGGCGCCACUUCUUGCGCUGAGGGCACUUGCACCGUCAUGAACCCCUACUACUCGCAGUGCGUUUCUGCCUAG